GGUAUAAGUAAUAGCCUGGUGCAUGCACGGACACAAGUGAAAAUACAGGUAGAGCCUUUUAAAUCUAACUUGGCCUAAUUGACGCACAAGUGGUCAUGUAAGAACUGUUUGGACAUUGUCCAAACAAACAAGAUGGCGUACCAGACGUCCUGGGUUUUACUGGCCGUUAUGUUAGAACUUAUUGUUGUAACCAAGGCGGACGUGUGUUACUAUGGUUACUAUUACAGUUACUCUGCCUCCCAUUAUUACUGUGACUCGGGAUGCUGUGGAUAUUAUUACAGCCGAAUCUGUUGCGAUUAUACGAAUACAGGACAAAUCGUGGGAUAUGUGUUCGGAGCGAUGCUAGUUAUUGGUUUUAUCGGAGUUGUAGUAUUUUUGUGUCUUAUCAAAAAGAACCGGAGUCAUGGGGCUAUAAUACGGCCUAGUAAUACAAACACAGUCACUGUCGCAACGGUUAAUCAGAUUCAGCCUCCACCCUAUGGACAGCCACAGCCCUAUGGACAACCACAGCCCUAUGGACAGCCACAUCCUUAUGGACACCCACAAAGUCAACCAGCCUACCCUCCACAAAGUGCUCUUCCGCCCCCACCAGCCUACACCGCGCCAUCCCACCCACCGCCUGCUUACUAGAAGACAGUGCCAGAAACACACGGGACAUCCUCGGAAAGAGACGCCGGGAUCACAAACUAAAUAAAGUAUUCGCAGAAUUCCUCUCCCUCCGCCGUACGGACAUUCCGGCCCGGAGUGCCUCCAGCUUGCCUACUACAUUGUACUAUAUUCGCUAGCGUAGAUUUCUGAUUACGUUUCUCUCCACGACGUUCGUGUAGUGUAACGUAAUCAGAGGCCUUGGCUAGCGAAGAUGGCCUACUACAACCAGCUUUCAACUCGCCGUCCCUCUAUCCUUCUACCGGAUCACAAAAUGGAUGAGGGAACGGAAAGAACACCUUAUGAAUUUCAACUAAUUAUUUUACAAUACCCAUGCACUUUAUGAAAGCAAGGAGAUGCAUUACUUAAUUCUACGUUAAGUAUUCUUAUUUGUUUCAUGGAUAUUUAUGUUGCUAUCCAAAAAUAAAUUUCGCUUAAAGUAUUUACUAAAAGAAUAAUAUGCAGAAAAUGUACCAAAAGCCCGAAGGAUUUGUUUCUAUUUUCCUGAUCCAAUAUGAAUAUGUGGCUAUUUUUUAUUGUAGUUGUGUGAGACAGGAUAUCAUCAAGAAUCUCCAUUCGGGCCGUUUGGUACAAACUUUUUUUUUCAUUUUAUAAUGAAAUUUGUUAUACUUUUGUUAACUUUGUACAAAUGACAAACAGUGUUAUCAUAUUUUCCUUGUCAAUAAAUAUUUUUAUUUUA